UUUUUUUUAUCAUUAAAUUUCUGUCAGUGUAGACUAGUACAGAUAUAUCUGAAAAGCUCAUUGCUGCUCUUCAGCUUUGUUUACGUUUUGUUUUUAUGGCAGCGCUGGUGUGUGGCUCUCCCACUCGCUUUUUCCCAUAAAACCCACUGCGAUCUUUUAUCUGGUUUUGCUGGGAAUGGGAAUGUGAAUGGAAAGAUGAUGAUCGCCAGCAAGUCGUCUCCACGUUCAGUCGGCGAAGCCUCUUCAAAGCAAACAAACGCGCAUCUCCCCCAAAAAAUGUCGGUUCGAAUUAACCCAUUGGUGCUGUGUCUCCUGCCCCUGAGUUUCCUCCUCAUCGCGGCCAGAACUCGGCCCUGCAUCGAUGAUCGCAUAGUGUUCCCCAAGGACGACGAUGAGGAUGGAAGCCCCUCGAAAUUCAUCUACCCCAAGAUGAACUCCACCACAACGACCACGACCACGGAGGAACCCGCGACCACGAUAACCACCCUGCUGGAGACCACGAACAGCACAGAACCGAUCUCCGCGGGAUCGGAGGAACUGGUCAAUGGAACCACCACCCAGAAACCCAUCAUAGACAAUCGGAUAUUGUUCGAGACGACUCCCAAGUGCAAAGAGGGCUUCGAGCUGCGAGCCAAUCGCUGUCGAAAGCCGGCUUAAUCGCUAGUCUGUAAGAUAGAUGUUAGUCAAUAAAGUGAUAUUUGAUAGAACCCAA